GCUCGUAGUGGCGGAGACGGAUUUGAAGAAAGCGGUCGACGCGAUGCGGCAAGGACGUUACGUAGCCCCACAUUUCCCACAACCAAAAUACCCAGUCGUGUAGGGAAGGACCGCGCAGAGAACGCCGCCUCCUCGGCCGGACACGAUCAGCUUGGGGCAGGAGAAGAAAUGUCGGUUAGGAGACUUCUGCGGACUUCUCCAGCCGCGCAGCGCCGGCCGCAGCAGCUCCCACCCGAAAGUGACCACUUUGACACUGAGCUUACGGCUUCGGUGAAUUUCAACGAAGUGAUGCAUAAGAACUCUUCCGAAGUCUCAUCUAGUGUGAAGCCUGAUGCUCCUGCGUCGUCCACCACCACUUCUUCGCCAUCAUCUAGCAGUACUUCAACGCGCGCGCGCCGCGCCGCUGCUUCUACUUCUAGCACAACUCUCGCUUCGACUCCCAAUCGCCCGGGGACCACCUCUGUCGCAACACCUUCGGGAGACGAGCAAGGGGCCUCUGCUGAGUGGUACGCAAAAAUGCGAAAGCGGGCGCAUGAGGUCUGGGAUCAGGAGCGCAUCGACGCGUACCGCGAAGCCAGCGAGGCACCGUACCUGCACUUUCUGGAUUCCGUACCGUGGCGGCAGCAGCAGUGCGGCCCCUUUCCGCCGCUACCGGAAACCGAUUGGACGGCGGAGCUGCGACCUUUGUGGCUGGAGAAGGUGAGGACGGCGUGGUCGGUGUUGGACCAAAUCCAGUUCGGCGAAGAAGAUGUGGACUGGUGGAUUCGGGACCCGGACAACUUGAAGCGGAAGGUGCAAGUCCACCUGAAGCCGGCGAAGAUGGGGAAGGGGAUGCAUGGGGUGUUUCCGCCCGGCACCGUGUCGCCGCUGCCCGAGAACCAGCGGAUUGCCGACAUGGAGCGCCGACGGUACUACGACGAAGCGGAAAGGUUUAGAUUAACGGUUCAAGCGCAGCAGCGCAGGCGGGAAGAUCUGCGGGCACUCGCGGAGGGGCUUCACAAUGAGGUGGACGCGAUUGAAGAUGUCGGAACAAGCGGAGAUUCUCGUGGCAGUAGCAAGAAGGACCAGCAUGGGGAGGAAGGCAUGAAGAGCGAGGAACUUCCUCGAGAGCACCGGGACCGAACGGUGCGGAAUCAAUCGCGGCAGUGGAGUGAAGAAGAUGCCAGGCAAAGGAUAACAUCAACAGCAUCACCAGGAGUAGGCAAUGAUGCCGGUAAUCCGAAUUAUCAUUUGACUGGCGAGGAGAACAAAAGUGGGAGCAACAAGGUCGACGCGGCCCAACAUCUAGAGCAAAGCGAUAAAGAGAUGGUCGACAGCGCAAGGGAGUUGCAGAAACGCGAGAUCCGCCAGACCGAGGAGAGAUUUUUCGACAGGCUCUUCAGCAGCAGCAUUUUUCGCGACGCCGGCGGUCAUUCCGAAGAUGAACGUCGGAAGCUUGUUUCGUCCACGUCUAGAGAAGAUGGUGAUGGAGCUAGUAGCGCUCCAGAGCCAAGAAUUGUGGGUGUGCGCAAAGUCGUAAACCGGGGAAACGGGGGGCGAUCGUUGUUGGACUGGACUCUGCGACGAGGCCUGCUGUUGGACAGAAAGAGCAUUCGGCAGAGUUCCAACUUGCCGUCGAGGCCCCUCGAAGAUUGUGUUUUGGGGCAUGAAAAAAAUGAAUCCCAUCAGCAUACAUCACCCAAACCUGAUCUCGUUCUAUCGUUUCUCGGGACGAAUUUCGGGGCGGACCGAGUUUUGCUCCGUCUCGCGCAGGAUGGCAAGACACCGUCACAAGUGUGGAACCAGUCGACGCCUUCCUUUCUCGACGUAUGGGACGAGGCGGCGGAAGGUUGUGAAUCUGCUCGGCGGACAGAAGCGAGAGCUGCAGAUGACGCCAACUCGAGCAAGCUGCGGAUGCAGAUCGAAGCUGAAAGAGCGACGCCGCUGCUGAAAUUGGCGAAGGAGGGGCCGUCGCCGCCGCGUGCGUCGGAGAGUCCUACGAAAAGCGAGGAGGUACUUCAAGAGCGCUCGCGGCAAAAUUGCGUGAAAAAUCUGAAAGACGAAGUUGCGCGGGAGGUCAGCGGCUUGUAUCCACUGCUUGUGUCAGAGCUGACGAGAGCGUUUCUUUACGAUUCCAAAGCUGCAGUAGCCCUGUUCGCGUGGGAGCUACAACAAGCGCAGCAGAUGGUGGCCACGCUGAUGAUCGCCGAGAGGGAGGCGAAGUUGGGACCUUUUCUUGUGGAGAGUCCUCCAGUGCCAACGCUGCAGGAUUUAAAGAUUUGGAAAGUGGAUUUGACGGGCUUCGUGCUUACCCAACAGAGAAACUACAUUCAACGAGCUGGCACGGCUAGUUGGAUGCAGAGGAUGGCGAAGCAGCGAGUCUUCCCUGAUCCGGAACAAGAGGGCUCACUAGAAGCAGAUCGUGAUACCGAGGGUUCCUCGCACGGACAGGACAAGAUGAUGGAAGUGGCCAGCUACUUCAGCCUGCCGGUGUACUUGGAGCCGCGACAAGCGUUUGAGGAGGCGGCGGCGGUUCUCGGUUUGAUUCCACGCCCAAAUCAGUCACAGAACAUUUUCAUUGGGACGCGCAGCAUGGAAGUAGUCGGAGCGCACGGGGGGCUGCAAGUGGUGCCAGAUUUUUCACCGGAAGACGAUGAAGAUGAGGAGUUGAAAGAAGAAACGGGUGGUGCGGGAUCAUCUGAAUCCAACCUGGUAUCUGGAAUCUCAAAGUGGAAAAGGAGCGAGCAAGAGCUGAGAAAGAACCCGAAAACUUCUUUGGUGGACCAGCUUUUCUUCAGUAAAAAGAUGAGCCGCAGGAUAUUCGAUAAGACGCACUACAAACAGGCGUUGCGGGACCAGCAGGACCUAAGAGACGAGGAAUCUGAUUGGGUGGAUGAUUCCGAGACUCGUACUUCUGCUGCACCCGACACAACCACAAGGAGCUACCGGACCACAUCCGACUACAAAAAAGCCAUCGAGGCGGCUGAAAAAUCCCAGCUGCUCGCGUUUGCGAUCGAAGUUUCGUUUUACGCGGACACGUGGUGGUGCGAUCCAACGGAGCGACAGAUGCUGCACACCCACACUUUUGCAGUUGUUAAGAAGCCGCGGAACAAAAAGAUCAAACCGGAACAGGAAAGAACUUCUGCAGCCGCAGCUGGAGAUGAGGACUCGAAGAACGAGGACGGGCUUGAUCUUGGUGGCACCGGAGACGAGGCGGGGUGGAGCGGUCCGCCCGGGAUGAUGAUGAAUACAACCAGCACGACCACUUCGCUCGUUCCCGAAAGCCCCGAGGCUGCUGAAUUUCUGAUCUUUCAUGCCGCUGAUUUUGAUAUGAUGCGCACGAGUUUUGGAGAAGAGGGUGGAAAAGCGUCAUUUCGGGCGAGUAGAGAUGAUGAACAGAAUCCGGAUCAAGGCCAAGAUCAGCUGCAGCACCAUGAUGAGCACUGCGUUAAUCAUGCAACAGCCUCUGGCGCAAGGCUGGGGAGUAGUUCUUCUUCGACGCACCACGAGGGUGAAAAGCGCGAAAGAAAUGAGGGUAUCCCCCGCUACUUUUUGCAGCAAGAGUUGUUCCGGGUGAAGCAGAAACCGCAAUUCCGCCUGGUGUCUAAAGCGGUGUUGGAACAGUUGCUGGAUCCGGAGAUGCUGAUCUACAUUGACGAAGACCUCGACGAGUUCGAGUACAACCUCACCACCGGUGAAAUGAAGUUCGAAGGGGCUAAAAGGGCGCCGUUGCGAGCGCAAGAAGAGAAGAGCCCGCUUCUUGAAAUGCAGCCCAGUCUCGGCAUGCUGCGGGACUUCGAAACAGAACAGCUCUGCAUGUACAAGCUCAAUUCUUUAUCGUUGCAGAAUCUGCCGCUGAAGCCGCAUCAAGGAACCGGGAUUAGUGAAGAUGUUGCGCCGGCACCGUCUAUUCAACAGCAACAAAUUUUUGGUGGCACCAGCAAUCUAGAAGCGGCAAACCCUCUGGACGUUUGCGCGGAAGCGCAGGGAGAUUUAAACCGAUGGAAAGAACUCUGGAACGAUUUCGUGUUUCACGGACUGCUGCCGGAAUCCACAUUAGCGAAGCCUGGCUUCGGGAUUCCCGUUCUUCGCAGCAUCUAUCAGCUCGAUGGAACGAAUCCACGGCCGGACCUCUUUGAGGAUUCACUGUAAGCUGUCGCCUGGAGGAGUGAGGAGGAGGAGGACCUGGGCGACACUUGCUCCGGGCAGCACACAUCUAGUGCUCUACCCUAGGAGCUGCAGCACCAGUACUCUACCGAAGAUGACACUUCGCUAUCAUCUGUGUGUAUCGCCGUAGGUCUCGUUUUUGACUCAGCGCAGUGAUCUAUUUUUGGCUGCGCGGAGCGGGAGCGGGGGCAACCCUCGUUGAUUUUGACAAUUUUAGAUAUGAGGUCGACCUCAUGCUCAUCUUCAUGUUGAAAUGAAAAGUCAUAAGUCAACAUCAUGCAGCAUUUUCCAAGAAUUUGCUAUUCCAUUUUUUUUUCGGGAGCUAAAAGGGAGCUUCGGACUCAACAUAGCAAUAGCUUGUGCACAGGCACAGGAUAAGAUUCGUUCCUUCAAUCAUUGGACGAAUAUUUAGCACUACACGCCGCCUCUCGCACAGGAAGGAGCUUGCAUUUUUCAUAUAAGAAACCGGCACCGAAGGAGCCAAAGAGCUUCUCAUUUCAACUUCUAGAGCCGAAUUGUUGCUGAUGGUCAUGUUCAUGUACAAGUAGACCCGGGCUAGGGCGAUGAAGAUGCAUAUACAACGCAGGAUGUGCAGUUUCUCAUGUUAUACAUAGGUGGAGAUAGUUCGUUGCUGAGUUUGACAAAAAUGACGUCGACGAUGUAACGAUGACAAAGUG